CUUCCCUCCUCCUGGAGUCUGGCAGUCUCUGACCUUUGCUUGUCUGCAGUUUACGUCACUUUGGACCCCAGCAGCUGCAGGAAGGCCGGGACUUGGCUCUGGAGUGCCACUCGCUGGCAGCGAGGAAUGCAGCCUGCGGUUCCAGGACUUGCUGCUCUUUGACCCCCACCCUCCCCGGGAUCCUUGGCCCUCCUCCGCCUCCCUCCUUCCUGCUCGCCUCUCCCUCCUCAUUGCCCUCCUGCUCCGGCUCUGACUGCCAGUUUUCCCAGCUCACGGCCCAGGCUGGUCCUUCCAUGCUGUCACCAAGGCCUCACUCCUGCACAUCUCCCAACCUGGACAGGGAGAACCCAAGCAAGAAGGUCCAGUGGACUUCGGAGGGCAGGAGGAGGAGGACAUCAUCCACGGACUCAGAGUCCAGGUCCCACACGGAGCCCUGCAGGCUGGCCAGGUCCCGGAGACCCAGCCGGCUGACGGUGAAGUAUGACUGGGGGCAGCUGCAGCGCUGGCUGGAGAUGGAGCAGUGGGUGGAUGCCCAAGUCCAGGAACUCUUCCAGACACUUCAAGGUACAUCCUGCCAGGCAGCAGAGAAAGACUGUAGCCAACAAACUUUGAUUUGCAAGAUGAAGCAGAACCUUCUGAGCUGGAAAUUGACCUGGAGGCUCUCAUGGAACUCUCCACAGAGGAGCAGAAGACUCAGUUGGAGGGCAUUCUCCAAAACUGCUCCCGCCCGACCGAGCCUUUUAUCUCUGAGCUGCUCAGUCAACUCAAAAAACUUCGGAGACUCAGCCGGCCUCAAAAAUAAGCCUGGAGAGACCAUCCUCAGCAGCCUCCGCACUGCCAGGCCUGGCAGGACCUCCUGGAUCCUGGCUGAGCAGAAAGCAGCUCCCUGGGACCCAAACAAGGACCAAGGAAGAUGGACACUUGUGUGCCUCGAGCGUGCGUGCAGUCACGGCUGCGUGCUCUGGGCCGGGCUCGCGGAGCCCAUCCUAGCUGCUGCCCAGUGCUUUCCUUGGCGGCCACGUGGAUAAAACCUUAAGGGGGCCUGGCUGAACAGUGUGCACUGUGUCCGUGCUGAGGGGAGGGAGGGUGGAGUGAAACCCUGAAGACCAACAUCCUAAGUCACCAGGCUGUACUCACACCUUCCCCACCUAUCCACCCAUCCACAUCAACAAGAACAAGUCUUGAGAAUUCAGGGGCUGGGGAUUUAGCUCAGUGGCACAGCACCUGCCUGGCAAGCGUGAGGUUGUGAGUUCAAUUCCUGG